CUAACUCUUGUUUCUUCAACGCAUUUUCGAGAUUUCGCUGCGCCUCUGGUACUUUGCCAAAGGAUCCAUCGAUCACAAGGUUGGCAAGGUAGCUUCUCCUUUCCGAUCGCCUCAGGAUCUCUAGAAAAAUGUUCACAGAAGGCCUCGACGAGAAAGCUCUCAGCUGGAUCAACCAGGGAUUGAAUGUCAAGGAGAAGGCGGACAGCCCGAUCUUUAGUGAGAGAUUCAGUUUGGGGUCUCACACCGACCCCUCUUUAUUGCUGAACAAGAAGAGGGAAUUCUUAUUAUCUCCCGUGCUGCCACCACUGAGGUUCCAUUCUGGCCUUCUUGGUGCGCACCGUGAUACAACCAUCGGUUUUGAAGAUGAUGGCGAGAGCGUGGCUUCUGCGCCUGAUGAUGCCGAGCUGGAGUACUCUGACCCUUUUGAUGAAGGUGCCUUGGGGUCUAGCGAUUCUGAGUUGCAGGAGAAUGAGGCCACCACAAGUCGUGACGAUGAAGAUUCUUUCGGCACCAAUUUUGAUAAAUCUCAAAGAUUUGUAGGUUUGAAUCCGCGCAUAGGAGAAGGAAAAUCUGUUUCUGCCAGUGAGGAGCGCAAUAGUCGUGAAUCUACUGAUACUACUCAUGCUGAAGGAUCAACACCACAGAUUCGACCAGAAAUUGGAACUCCCAGUGCUCCACCCAUGAUAGAGACUGGAAAUCAUAGAAGUAUUCAUGAAACAACCGACGAUAUACCAUCAUCUCAAGGCAUAACCGGGCAAGUUUAUGGUCAUCUACAAACACAGCCAUCAGCAUCAAACUUUGAUGCACCUAAAGGAGGGGAAGUUUAUUUUGAUUCAAACAAAGAAAGCUUUAACCAUGAGGCAACGUGUCCUCGUCAAAUGGAUGCACCGCGUGCAAGAGAGUCUUCCAUAGGAGCUGGAGUGCAGGUUCCAUCUAGACAGACCGCUUCGGUUGAUCGAGCACCAAUUUACAGCACGAGUGGUCAGAGUGCUUGGCAAACUCUUGUAGCUUAUGAGGCUUGUACACGUCUGUGUCUGCAAGCAUGGGCAAGAGGAUGUAUGGAGGCACCUGAGUUCCUUCGAGACGAGUGCAUUGCUCUAAGAAAUGCCUUUGGGUUGCAAAAGUUCCUGCUUCAACCCCAAAUUGAACUGCUGAGAGAAGAGAGAUCUGAUGCUACCAUGGAAGAGACCUGCACAGUUAAGGCAAAGAAGGUUGUUGCAAAAAUUAAGGUGGAAGUAAAAAAGAUCCGCAUUGUACCACAUUACCCUCGUCAGAGACUACAAGCUACAAAUUCUCAGUGGGGCCUGCCUUACAUGCAAGUCGGUGCACAAUAUGUUCGUCAGGUUUCGGCACAGCUUAAGUCAAGAAUGUAUUCACUGAAGGCGGUUCCAUUUGCUGGUAUAUCACAUGAUGCUUUUUCAUGCAUGCUCCAAUUGAAAAGCGCAUCAGAUGAGACACAGUUGGAGCCAGGGUCAGCCAUCUCCAUGCAGCCAGGAUCUGGAGAAUCUUAUGUAUUCUUUCCAGAGAGCCAGGCUGAUGCUCUUCUUGUGGAGGUCCGUGAUUCAAAGGGUGGUAUUCAGGGUCGAUCUGUAAUUCAAGUUUCUUUACUGAAUGAUAACCUUAACGAUCGAGUUCGAUGGUGGCCAAUAUACGAUGACGAUUCUGAAUGUGUAGGGAAGGUUCAACUUGCUAUAAGUUGCACCAACACCUCUUGUGAGACAAGCUCAGUCAAGUGUGGGCCAGUUUCGGAAACAUUUGCUUAUGAUUUGGUACUGGAAGCUGCCAUGAGAUCUCAACACUUCCACUCACGAAAUUUGAGGUUGUAUGGACCAUGGAAGUGGUUGUUAACUGAAUUUGCAGAAUACUAUGGAGUUUCAGAUUCAUAUACUAAGCUAAGGUACCUUUCUUAUGUUAUGGAUGUGGCGAUGCCAACAAAAGAUUGCUUAGAGCUUGCAUAUGAAUUGCUUGUACCAGUGAUCAAAGCUCGAAAUGAAAACAACCUCAACAGACAAGAGAAGAGAAUCCUUUUUGACUGUGAAGCUCAAGUGGGCCGUCUCCUAACAACUGUUUUCGAAAAUUACAAGUCAUUGGAUGACUUGUCUCCUACUGGCUUGGCAUCCGAUCUCUUCGGCCCGUCUUCAGAUUCUGCUGCACCUGCCUUAGCCCCAGCUGUGCAAAUAUAUGCACUUCUUCAUGAUGUGCUUUCAUUAGAAGCUCAAAACAUAUUGAGAACUUAUCUGCAGACUGCUGCUAGAAAGAGAUGUAAAAGGCAUAUGCUGGAAACAGAUGAAUAUAUGUCGGCCAAUGCUGAUGGGUUCCUAACGGAUAUGGAAACAAUGACUACAGCAUAUCGCAAGAUGAAGACCUUGUGCAUCAACAUAAGUAGUGAGAUUUACAAGGACAUAAAGAUACAUAAUCAGCACAUCUUUCCAAGUUCAAUUGACCUGCCAAACAUAGCAGCUGCAGUUUACAGCACUGAGUUAUGUAAUAGACUGAGAGGCUUUCUCGUGGCAUGUCCACCAUCCGGCCCUUCACCUCACGUAACUGAACUUCUGCUUGCAACUGCUGAUUUCGAAGGAAGCCUCUUCUCUUGGAACAUAAGUCCUAUAAAUGGAGGUGUAGAUUCAAAAAAUCUGUUCCAUCAUUACAUAGUACUGUGGAUUCAAGACAAACAAGAUUACCUGAUUGAUCUUUGCAAAGGGGAUAAGGCACCACUAUGUGGGAUAACUACACAGAAUUCAACUUCGCCAUUUGUGGAGGAUAUGUAUGAACAUAUCAAGGCGAUGCUGGAUGAAUACAAAGUAGUGAUCAACAGAUGGCCUCAGUACUCCCUGCUUCUAGAGAGUGCUAUUGCUGAUGUAGAAAGAGCAACUAUGAAAGCAUUGGAGAAACAAUUCAAUGAAAUAUUAAUGCCCUUGAAGGACAGCAUUCAGAAAAAGCUUGGCAUGCAAGUUCAGAAGUUCACUAGGCGUCAAUCUGUAUCUCACUACAUAGUUCCUAAUCAACUCGGAACUUUUCUAAACACUGUCAAACGCAUUCUAGAUAUUCUGCACUGUAAGAUUGAGAGCAUUUUAAAAUCAUGGGCAUCUUUCCUCCCUGGUGUUGAAGAAAGAAGAGCUGGUGUUGUUGGAGAGCAACUUAAUGGAAUCACUGUGAUGCUAAGAACAAAAUACAAAAAUUACUUGCAAGCUUUGGUGGAGAAGCUCGUAAGAAAUACAGAGGCUAACAGAAGCAUUCGCCUCAAAAAAAUUCUUGAAGAAACAAAAGAGGCUGAAGGAGAAGCUGAGAUCCGUGAAAGAAUGCAACCACUAAGCCUACAGCUUGCAGAAAUAAUAUCUAACUUACAUGAUGUAUUCUCAAGUCGUAUUUUUGUUGCCAUCUGUCGUGGCUUUUGGGACAGAAUGGGGCAGUGUAUUUUGAGUUUUCUUGAGAGCAAGAAAGAAAACCGAAUCUGGUACAAAGGGUCCUACUAUGCUUUAGUGAUUCUGGAUGACACAUUUGCUUCUCAGAUGCAGAGAUUACAAGGGAAUUCUCUACAAGAUAAGGACCUUGAUCCUCCCCGUUCUGUGAUUGAAUCAAGGUCAAUUCUUUGCAGAGAUACACAAAAUGCAGCAGAAAGAUCAAACUACUACUACUUUUAGCAGGUUAACAAGAACUCCGAAAAAGUUGGCCCCUUUCCUCAACCUUGUUGAUCUUUGGGCCUGUCAAGGCUUCAUCUUCCAAAUCCCGUCUGCAGUCUGCACAACCUUUCUUGUACAGUUCAUUGUAUAUGGGUAAUUGCUUAAUAUUCUUUUGUAUGACUUUAUAUUCGUGAUGUAUCUCGAAUAAUGAUCAUGCGCCACGCGCAUGCUUCCAGUAUUAAUUUUUUGGUAUAAAAUUUGAGUUUUUUUUC